AUGGUUCGCAAUCUUGUUGUCAUUGGAGGCAACUCCCACCCUCAGUUGACUCAGAGCAUUUGCGGUGUCCUCGGUAUUCCUCCGGCCGAGGUUCUGCUCUCUAAGUUCGCAGUUGGUGAGACCCGAGUGGAGAUUCAGGAGUCCGUCCGUGAAAAGGAUGUUUAUAUCAUUCAAUCUGGCGGUGGCAAAGUCAACGACCACUUGCUAGAGCUUCUUAUCACCAUCUCCGCCUGCAAAACCGCCUCGGCCCGUCGAGUUACGGCUGUUCUCCCUCUUUUCCCCUACUCUCGUCAAAGCGAUAUUCCUUACGAUAAGGCCGGUGCCCCUCUCGUUAAGGCAAAUUUGGGGGGCAAGCCCACCAAUGGCUACACAUUCGAGAGCACCCCUCCGACCCCAGGCCCCGGAAAGCCUGAGGGUCUGGGCUUGAUGAAUGGCAUUGAAAACCUCCAGAAGGGACUUGCCAAAGCUCAGAUUGAGGAAAGCACUGGUAGCCCUGUGAAGCGGCGGGGCAAUGCUUUGCCCCGCAGUGACACAACGGAUUCCCUCAAGUCCCUGUCCAACGGAAACGAUGAUACAGCGAGCAGCACCUCCUCCAAGAUCAAUUCCUUCCAGCCGCGUCCCGGUUACAAACAGUGGGUUGCACAGGCCGGCACCCUGGUGGCAGACCUGCUCACCUGCGCCGGCGCCGACCACAUCAUCACCAUGGAUUUGCACGAUCCACAGUACCAAGGAUUCUUCGAUAUUCCUGUCGACAAUCUCUAUGGCCGACCCCUCUUGAAGAGCUACAUCCAGCGUAACAUUCCCAAUUACAAACAAGCGGUGAUUGUUAGCCCCGAUGCCGGCGGUGCCAAGCGCGCCACUGCAAUUGCUGACCAAAUGGGCAUGGAGUUUGCUCUCAUCCACAAGGAGCGCCGCCCUACCAAGAUCACCGAUCGCCAGAAUGCUACAAUGAUGUUGGUCGGCGAUGUCCGCGAUCGGACAGCCAUUCUGAUUGAUGAUCUGGCGGACACUUCGAACACGAUUACUCGUGCUGCCAAGUUGCUCAAGAAGGAGGGCGCAUCUCAAGUAUACGCCCUUGUCACCCACGGCAUCCUGAGUGGUGACGCUAUCGACCGUAUCAACGCUAGCGCCCUUGACAAGGUUGUUGUGACCAAUAGCGUGGAUCAGGUUGACCACUUGCGUCGCUGCCCCAAGCUGGAAGUCUUGGAAGUCGGCCACGUUUUCGGCGAGGCUAUCCGCCGUGUGCACCACGGUGAGAGCAUCAGUGUUCUCUUCCAGUAUGACUGA